AUGCCACCGUUCGAGACGAUGCCUCUCGAGACGGUCUUGAAUAGGCCCAUGGCCGACCCGCCAAAUAACAUACACCCCAACUUCGAGCACCCCCAGAACGAAGCCACACUUGCGUACACCGUUCUAGCGAUCUCCUUGGCUACGACAACUUUGUUUGCGUGGUUUCGAUUGCUCGUAAAGACGUUCAUAGUGGGUUCGCUGCACUUGGAAGAUUGUAAGCGGAAAGUUAUGUAUCGUGUCUAUGGUUUGACUAACUUGCCCCAGACUUCAUACCGGUCGCUUGGGUACCUCGCUGCAGCUGGACAUGUGGCUUGCGGUUUCGUCAUCAACGAAUUCGCGCCCAUAAUACACAGCUGGGAAAUGACUAUGCGCACAUUUGGCAGAUAUCUCCUGUGGUAUAAACUCGGAUCGAUAUUCUACAAUAUCUCUAUUGUCCUUAUCAAAGUAUCCAUGCUGGUACAAGUCCUGCGCGUCUUCGUACCGCGCGGAUCACGCUCGAAAACGUAUUAUGUGUGUCACACACUGAUAUGGGUCAACGUGAUUUACUACACCAUUGCCGUAUUCACAAUGAUCUUCACAUGUCGGCCCAUCAACAAAGCAUGGCAACCCUGGGUCCAAGGUACAUGCCUCGAGAUUGGCGCAAUCGCAAUGUCGACAGCCGCCGUGAAUCUAGUAGGAGAUCUCUGCAUCCUAGCCGUGACACAAAUCAAAAUCUGGAACCUCAUACGCGUGAAGCAAUCCCAACGGAUAAAACUCUCCGUCGUCUUCUGCGCCGCCAUCAUCCCCUGCGCCUUCGCAAUAAUGUGUCUCUACUACAAUGCCCUCUCCAUGCAAGGCCACGACUUCGCCCACUCCUCGGCCUACAUGUCCAUCGCAUGCCACGGCGAAAUCGCGUCGGGCAUGUUCGUCCUCUUCCUCCCCAUGCUCCCGCGCUUCUUCACGCACAUCAAGGAGAACGCGUCCGUCUUCACGCACACCACGCGUGGCGCCACACAGAAACGCGCGGCUUCUGCGCUCGAGUUCUCGGAUAUCAGCGCGGCGAAUGGCGGGUCGCGUGUUGAGAAGGAUGUCGUGAUGGCGGGGAGGGGCGAUGCGGGAGGAGGCAGUGGGGGGAAUGGAAGGAAAGGGAGUUUGUGGCAUAUUAGUUAUACGGAGCGGAAUGGGAGUGAGGACUUGCAACCGAUUUUGCCAGCAGGAGGGAAGAGGGAGAGGAGUAUUGUUGUGAAGACUGAGGUCGAGGUUCAUUCGAAUCGGCAAGAGAAGUAGGGAGAGAACUUGAUUCACUACCCCUUUUGCGUCAGUACUAGCUGAAGUCAGGUCUUUGGAAUCGUCCGCGUGAUGCCGAUCCUU